ACAAACGCGCCAGUUGCUCUCUACUGAGGCUGGAUCGAAGCCUCCGAUUCCAUUUGGAGUUUUCUUGGCCUAGUUGGCAGUCCACCAACUGCCGGGGAUUCGAUAACAAUGAUUUUAAAAGAUAACAGCGACCCAUUGGUUGAGAGAAUCAGACUGUGUGAGUCCUUGAGGUAACAUUAUUCGGCCACGCUCAUAAUGGAGAGCUUUCUACGCUUUCAACGCUUUCAACGCUUUCAAGGCUUCGAACGAACUUGCAAAUGUUUGUAUCAGAGUUUUUCUCUAUCAUUUAUUAUGAUUUGGAGGGGAAUCCACGAACGCCUGUGGCGUGAUAGCACCUGGAAAUUAAUAUGAGUACGAGGACCAGGUUGGGAAACAGCUGAAACCUGACAUUACCGCUUGUCAGUAGCACUCCAAAUGUCACGGUGCCAGUCAGCCGCCACUUCAGCGCCCCUGUCGCCGGGACCUCGCCCAAACCGUCUGCCUCAAACCGACCCCUCCUGUGCGAGGCUUUUCGUUGGUCCAGAGCUGCUAAUAGAGUUAACAUCGUGCAGGUGCCUGUGCCUGGCGGGAGCCUUUCGCCCGCUAAAUUCCCACUAAAUGUCGAGGUUGAACCACAGAAUACAUGCACGGAGUACUACAUACGGCGUAUAAAACCUGGCAUUGGCAACUGCAGCCAUAUGGCUAACCAGAGCAUCGAGCCCAGACAGUCAGGGGGAUACCCACCCAGCGGCAGACCCCAGAUUUUCAAUGUGGGACGGGCACGUGGUGGCCAUCAUUCAUUCCUUUAUUAUCUCUCGAAAACCCCCCAUGUUCCUUCAUCCGCAGUUUCUGCACAGCAUAAUACAUAUCCAGCCCGCGAGGCAGCAUGAGAAAAUUUUCUUCAACCAUCACUAAUCGUGAGUUAGAGAUGGGCAGAACGCCCCUUGUUGAUCUAGGAUCGCCUGCCACACCGUGGUACAUUGCUCUCUUCACCAAUGCCUGGUUUCAGGUGCUGCUGAUAAGCUUCAUCUGCUUUUGCUGUCCUGGUGUACGUGGUUUUCUAUAGUAUGUACAAUGCCCUAUCUGGCUUAGGGGGUUCGGGCCAGGUAGACCCAACAGUUGCAGCCAAUGCGAAUGUAGCCUUGCUCGCGGCGAAUGCUGCCACUGCCCUGUUUGUUGUCGGGCCUAUAUUCUCGAUCAUCGGCCCACGCUCCUGUUGGUUGGUUGGCGGAUGGACGUACGCUCUUUACAGCGGGAGUUUGUUGGCCUUUAACUAUAUUGAAAAUGGCCCCUUUGUCAUCGUCGCGGGUGGCGUUCUCGGUGUAGGGGCCAGCUUCCUCUGGGUUGCCCAGGGUGCCAUAAUGACAACCUACGUCCCCGAAUCCCAGAAGGGCCGUGCAAUUGCCUUAUUCUGGAUUAUAUUUAAUAUGGGUGGUACAAUCGGCUCCCUAGCCAGUUUCGGGCUCAACUACAACAAUCCAGAAGGCACGGUAUCCAACAGCACAUAUAUCGCCACGAUGGCUGUCAUGGCAUUUGGCUGGGCGAUUGGCGUCUUUAUAUGCCCCCCUUCACGAGUUGAACUCUCCCAACUUCGCGAAGCCGAAUAUAUGAUUCGAGAUCGCUCACUGCCGGCUUUGGGAAAACUCAUCUUCAGCACCAUCUUCCGCGUCAAAAUCCUAUGCAGUCUUCCCCUAUUUUUCUGCGCGAAUGUCUUCUACUCAUAUCAGCAGAACGAUGUGAAUGGCAAAACGUUUAACAUUCGUUCUCGCUCUCUGAAUUCUGCUCUGUACUGGAUGGCACAGAUGUGUGGCGGUCUGCUGAUGGGUUUCCUGAUGGAUCUGAGAUUCAUGAACCGACGACAGCGCGCCUGGCUCGGUUGGGUCGUCCUUAUGCUAAGCGGCUUGGGCACCUGGGGUGGCGGUUAUGUAUUCCAGAGAUGGCAGGACGAGCGCACAGCAGUCGGUCUGGUGCAAGACAUCGACUUCACUAGUUCCGACAUUUCCAUUGGUCCGAUGUUUCUUUAUAUCUUCUAUGGCCUAUACGAUGCACUCUGGCAAGGAUAUUGCUACUGGCUUAUUGGCAGUAUGUCCAACUCUGCGGCUGUCACGGCUAUUUUGGUCGGAGCAUAUAAGUCUUUUCAAGCCACUGGUGGCGCAAUGGCAUGGAGGGUGAAUGCAUUGAAAACUCCCUCUAUGACGCAGCUGGCUAUGAACUGGGGGUUAUGCGUUGGGGCACUGAUUAUUGCCAUUCCAACCGUGUCCUCGGUAACCUUGACGAAUAUUGUGCGACCGGAGACAUCGCAGGAGGAUAAGAGGAGUAUGAAACUUGAGGAGUGGGAGGGUGACAUGAAGGGCCGCUCAUAGGGGAUUUCAGGAUUUAUCAUCAUAUAAACUUGAGUUGUCAAUUGUGUAUGUUUUUCUUUUCCUUUCCUUGUUGGGUCUAUGGUCAAGUUGUGGUAUGUACGAGACCUUCCCUUUUCACUGCCCACGUCCGCCCUUUCCUUCCACCUUUUUUUUUUUUUUUUUUUCGCUAUAAACAAUCCGUUUCUUCUCUUUUCUUUCUUCUCUUAUUUUUGCUCUCUUCUUCUUUCUUCUUUAUUUCUUUUAUUUCUUUUCUUUUAUUCUAUAUAGCUGUGUCCGGGCGCUCGAUAUCGUUUAGUGAACGCUGGAUUUUCCCCCAGAGAAUGCAUAGUCGCUAUUACCAAACCGGCCUUUUCUUAAUAUCUCACUGUUGCUUUUAUGACUUAGUUACCAGCUAGAGGCAAGGUAAACCAACCUUGAGCAAGCACCAGGUGAGUUCAGUUGUACUUGUACAUUCUACCCAAUCGCACCCGUGAUGCUCAAUUAUAUUGAAUGCUCCUGA